AUGUAUAAUAAUCAUUUUGAGCUUAUUGGGGAUGACCAUUUCGUGAACUUUUUAAUGGAUCAGCAUUAGUAUUUAGUUUAAUAUAUCACAAAGAUCGAAUUUUCCUUAUGUUAAUAGUAGCUCAUUCGGGUAAUGUUAGAACUCGGAUGAUGAAGGUCCCAAUUAACAAGAGUUCUUUUCUUCGUGUUAACUACCUCAAUAAACUCAAGGGAAGAAGCAAUAAAAAAAGAAGAAAUCGGAGGAUACGAUUCUGACAAGCAAGCAAAACUUAAAGAACACUUACAUUAACAAAAUCACUUCUCUAAUUUAAGAAUCUAAACCAUCCAUGACUCCUAAAUUUGAAAGGAAAGUUUCAACCAACACAGACGAUUCUACAUAGGCCAAACUCAUUAGGAAUAGGGAAUGUGCUAGGAAUUCGAGGAAGAGGAAGAAAAUUUAUUUGGAAUUGUUAGAAAACAGAGUAAACACGCUGAAGGAGGAGUUAGAAAAAUGCAAAAGGAUUAUUAAGGGGCACAGUAGUUGUAUGUAAUAAAUUGGAUCCAAUCCUCAAGUAAUUAUUCGAGACUAUUGUAGUUAUAAAACUUUUUUGUAGGUAGAUAACAAUUGUUUGACAAGUUGGAAUCUGCAGUGCAAAACAAUUCUGAUAACAAUGAGAUAAAUCUAUUGCUGGACUCAAUGAGAUUCAGAGUUGGUGGAGGAGGUAAGGAGAGAGUCAAUGCUUCAAAUUACUUUCUACAAUAAAUAAUGGAGAUCUCUUUUCCUAUUCACGUCAAAUAUUUGUUAUGGGCAUCAGGACCAAAUCUGACUGAACCAUCUUGGUUCACCAAUCUAAGUCGAGAAAUUGAUAUAUCAGAUUAGCAAAUGAAAUCCCUCAAGAAAUCUUAUAAGAGAAUCUAAUCGGAUAAGGAGAAAUUAGAAGAGUAAACUUAUUUUUUUAUUAUUCCAAGUAUCAUCAAAUAAUUUUAAACUGUCAAAGAGAAUCUCUAUCAAAAGACAAAUUCUUUGGAAAACUUCAUUGAUGAAAUGAGAAGUAUUCUCACUCCUACUUAAGUCGCUAAGUUUUUAUUGGGUUUGGAAAAAGUAAAAUCAUAUUAAUAUUAUGAUAGAAUAAGUUUCAAAAGGAACUUAGCAUGUCGAAUCUGUGGAGACAAUUUGAAGAUGAAUUUGAUACAGAAAUCAAAGAAGAAGAAUGCUAAUUUGAGGAUACUGUCACAAAGAAGGUUCACCUCUGA